CUCCCCGCGACAAGUCAAACAAGAAUUACAUUUCCUUGGGUCCCGAGCGUCGAAUCUUUCGAGAUACCACUAAACUUAACCUAAUUACGAACUCGUCACUCUCCUCCGAUCCGUUCCAAUUCCAUUCUACCCCGAGGCGCAUUCUUCGUCGACCCAGCAAAAGGCGAAAAGAAAAAAAAAGCUCGAAACUGUCAUUUCCUGUCGCCACGCCCUUUUUCGCGAACACGCUCAGUCUUCAUUCAUUCUAUUAUUCUACUCAACAACACGUACUACCGUGGCAUGAUAUUCCUUUAAUUUUUUCUUUACGGUCAGACGAUCAGAUCAUAACGUCUACCCGACAUCAUAACGUGGAAUUUUCUUUUGUUUUCGAACCUGUCCUUUGUACUAGUCCGCGCCCACAUUUCGAGUCCGGGCGUGUCAACUCUGAUUUUCAUAACAAUAACGAUAAUAACACCGUUAUCUUAACGCGCCGUUAACUGUAAUUGCAAUUCGCUCGAUAUCGCUGUACGAAUUUCCGACACGUCUUUAUCCCAUUACCGAAAUCCACAGGAAUCGAUUGCGAUCUUGUCGAACCCGGAUUCGUCGUCAUGCCAUCCGGGCUUCUACGAUAAAACGCCAUUUCCCUACAUUUCAACUCGCUAGCAAUCACCUCUUGGGGUGUAUGUUAGAUUAUGACAGACAGGAUCUCAUCUCUACCGACGCAAUCAGUGACUCCGAGUCAGACGGCCGUCCUUAGUCCCAAAUCCACACUUUCCUUAUUGAACAAUCAUGGCUCAAAUAAGGUGCAGGCGCCGAUCGAAGAAGAACCAUACACGAUCAAGUGUAUCUGUCACUUCUCUGACGAUGACGGGAACACUAUUUAUUGCGAAACGUGUGAUACCUGGCAACAUAUCGAUUGCUACUACCCCCUCAACACCGAGGAAGCCUUGCGAGAAGACUUUGCUCACUCCUGUGCCGAUUGCAAACCACGACCGCUUGACCACGAUAGUGCCUUUGAGCGCCAACGAUUGCGACAUAGUAAACCUAGUUCGAUCGAGGCCUCCGAAAGGAAGGUUAAGCGCCCUCCGACCAAGAGCACCAAGAAGAAAGCCAAACCAACAGAUUUAGCACCAAAUGGUCACACUGGUUCCGACACGAGCACCAAAUACUCCCUUGAACACACUCCCAUACACCAACACAAGAAAUCCAAGAGCACACAUCGACCGAGUCAAUCCAUCAGUUCACAGAACCCAAAACGCAGUCCCUCAUAUGUUCAAACAAAGGCUGGCAAUCCCCAUGGCCACCCACCCAGUCCCGCUACGACACCGCCGGAUAUCCCCUCCGAGCUUGAAAUACAAUAUUCUAAUGCCUUCUACAAUUUGUAUAAGGCCGAUCGUGAUGUACCCAUUGUUCCAACAAAUUCCUUUGCUAGCCUUUCUAUUUCGAACCUUUUGUCUAUAUGGUUACAGGAUCGCGACAAGUUGAAGAAAGAGACAGGGUGUGAUUUCGACGAUGUUUUCCAAACUAUACCGCCGAAGAUUGAAUCGAUCAAGGCUUCGCCGCGUGUGGAAUCUAAACAACUGGUUAUAGGACCCGAUACUGUCGCACACUGGCAACAUCUUGUAGCAUCGGAACCAGUCGACAAAGACGUGCCCUUGAUGGAAUUGAACGGCCAGAUUGGAAUACAGAAGGACUACUGUGAAGAUCCAGAGAAUCGUUGGAAGGAAUUAAGUUCACCACUUCCGUUCGUCUUCUUCCAUCCUAUGCUUCCCAUUUACAUCGACACACGAAAAGAAGGAUCCCUAGCUCGCUACGUUCGUCGAAGUUGCAAACCAAAUGCGGUACUAGACACCUAUCUAUCCGCUAGUUCCGAGUACCACUUCUGGCUUGUAAGCGAUCGGCGGAUAGCGUCCUCCGAACAGAUUACCAUCCCAUGGGAAUUCAAUCUGCAGAAAGAUGUUGCCCGAAGAUGGGAGCAACUGCUUGGCCUCGGCGAUGAAGAUUCGGGCCCUCAGCCGGAUUAUAACGAAAAGGAGACAGAAACGUAUCAAAGUAUUGCUACGUGGGUUCAUGCUAUUCUUUCGGAAUACGGUGGAUGUGCGUGCGAUCUAGGCGCUGACUGUGCAUUCGCUCGCUUUCAUCGGAAUUACAUUCUCAAGCCGCAACACUCGAAGGACGUCAAGGGCGCCAAAAAGAAACCCCGGAAAGUAAAGACAAAUGCCGUCUCACCGACAAGUACUGGCCACGCAACCAAUAGCCGUGCCCCUAGUGAGGGUCAAGGCGAUGAUGGUGUGGAUAACGAUUCUGGUUCGUCACGCAGUAAACCACCCAGCCGAGAUAUGACACCCGCUCCACGACAGGGUUCUUUCGAUACACUAGGGGUAUUAACUGAACUCACCGAUCGAGACAAGCGCAAAGUUCAAAUGGUUGAAGAUUCAUUCCGUCGCAUGGAGCAGCAACAACCGCCACGAAAGAAGAAGCGGACCUCAGAUGGCACUGGUAGUUCUAAUUCUACCACAAAGGCUAAGCCAAGAGGUUCGUCUGUACAUUCCACCGCCAUGCCAAACGGUCAUACGGAGCGUCGCUACGUCGACGCCGGCACUUCACGAAGUAUGUCGGGUUCACCCUCUAGUGCGAUAUCGCCGAAUACUACCAACCAUUUCUUGCCCUACGAUCGACGAAAUAGUUCCGCACGAGGUGUUUCACGACUUUCCUCCCAGGGACCUCCAGAAUAUCGCGAUGCUUCCGUCCAAACCGAACCUGUUGACGGGGAAUGGUUCAGCAGUCCUAUCGAAACUCGAAAAUCGAAGAAGCGUGUUGUGUCUCUAUCAAAACGCUUGCUUGGAACACGAUAUCGCCAACGAGCAGAUGAAGAACGAAGGAAGGGGAUCAACGCCGCCUCGCCUACUUCUGUAACGUCUGCUUUAGUCAAGAUGGAUUUAGAAUCCCCCACAACGGAACGCCCUUUAUCAGCGACCGUGCCCGAGAAGACAAAACAAGAUAAACCAAUACCUCUGCCCAUGAUUUCAACCACCGAUAUUCCCAUGACGGAUGCACCAUCAAUCUCGGCCACAGAAAACAAAGUUUCCCAGAUCCUAAAGCCGCCCGUGACCGCACCAAUCAAGACCAAGUCACCUGAGCUACGUGUUCAGAUGCCUCCUGUACCUGCAUUCAAUAGUUCUGCUGCUCCAAAUGCGACAACCCCAUUGUCUGCAACCGGAACCCCGGUCCAAUCGCCGUUUAGUACUGGUAACCUACCUAGCCCUUUCGCGCCAUCGUCGGUAAACGGCGUUGCGGUUCAGCCUAGUCCAAUCAAGAAGAAAUUAAGUCUAAGCGAUUAUACAAAGAGUCGAAUGAACAAGGCCGCGGCGAGCAAGCCGGUGCCGACAUCACUGAAGCCACCUUCUACCGUUGUAGAGGAGGCGAAGUCGCCGACCAGUACUGAUACGGUGAUGGUUGAUGCAUCGGUCGGCGAUAAAAGUACGGAUUAAAUCAUUCUACUAGGACAGUGUAUUAUGUCAAAAAUCCAUUGAGGUAUAUAAUGGGACAAGUAUACCUCUAGCUUAGGUGCUAUUGCGUUAUAGCACCCCU